UUAUUAUCUAGUUGCAGCACACCGGUCUGGUGACAUUGUUUCUAAAUAGCAUGCUAUAGACGAUGUCCAGGCCAACAGCAGUGUUCUCCUCCACGGGGACUUCCUCCUCUCUUCGACAGUCUUCCAUACACCCUCUUUCCUCCCAGCAAUCGUCCCCUCUCGCAGCCCGAAUAGCGUCCAAAAGACUCGAACUUGAAAACCUUAGACAACUCCGCGAUGUGAGCGGCGCGUUGGCCUCGCAAAUGGAGGCAUUGGAGGAGAAGUUGAGUACCCUGAAGGACGGGACUGAAGCUGUCGCAUGCGUUAUGGCAAAUUGGGGCAAUGUCCUUAGUGCAAUCAGCAUGGCAUCCACCAAGGUAGCAGCUGCAAGUGAACGCGAUCACGAUGCGAAGGAAACCGAGAAAGACGAACAAAACACGCCCCCGCUGCCCUCGACACUGGUUCGGAUCCCCGCUGAGCAGUCGGGCACAUCGCGAACAACAGGAGAGGAUCACCCAGCCAAAGCAUGAGUACAGUUGAUGAAAUACAGUGAUGACUUGCAUUUUUAUACCCUUGUACAAUAUUUCCUGUUCUUUCGGCAUACACAGGUCAUAUAUAGGCGUUUGAUCUAGAUAGACAUAAUUUAAAAUGAAGAGGUAAAUUGGUAUAAGAUAGCCAGGGCAAUUGAAAAGGUUUUCCAUAUCUAUUCUGUGCAAACGGAAUACCGCUGCGGAAGUCCGCGAUAAGCAAUGAAAAAAUAGUGCGACUUAAGACAAUCAUGGCUAUUUAUCCCCCCGCGGCCUCUGUCACAUAAAUAUCAUAAGGCGGGGGGUGGUUUCAGUCCUCCUAGCUGAGUUCGAGAACGAGAUACCUUUAUUUAAGCUUUGCGCUAGUGCGGGUCGC